UUGAAAAACAACUGUGUACUCUAUUUAUUGGGCAUAAAUCUCCAUCUUCCCACGCUGCCCCUAGAUGACAUUUCUCCAGGCUGCGUGGGACACUGUUAUCUUACCAAUGACAGCGGGCGAGUCCUGCAAAGCCGGAGCCUGGCGGAGUCCGGCCUUCGCGGGGGGAGCGAGGAGACGCAGGCAAGUGUGAAAGGCACCGAAGAGAAGGAAGACCUGAGGAAGGAAUCUAACCAUGCUGUUUAUAAAGCGGGAGAGCUGAAGAAUGAAGAUACUCAGAUGUUGUAUUAAAUACCCCCUACAGCAGAAAGUUUUCAUCCUGUUUCUAACCCUGUGGCUGCUCUCCUUGUUGAAGCUUCUAAAUGUAGGACGACUCCUCUUCCCUAAGAGAGGCAUUUACCUGGUUGAGUACUCCCUGAGUACCUCUCCCUUUGUAAGGAACAGAUACACCCAUGUUAGCGAUGAAGUCAGGUAUACAGUUAACUGUUCGGGGAUCUAUGAACAGGAGCCUUUGGAAAUAGGCAAGACUCUGGAAAUAAGAAGAAGAGACAUCAUCGACUUGGAGGAUGACGAUGUUGUGGCAAUGACCAGCAACUGUGACGUGUAUCAGACCUUAAGAAGAUACCAUCAAAAGCUCGUUUCAGGGGAGGAGAAACGCUUCCCAAUAGCCUUUUCUUUGGUUGUUCACAAAGAUGCAAUUAUGGUUGAAAGGCUAAUCCAUGCUAUAUACAACCAACACAAUAUUUACUGCAUCCAUUAUGACCAUAAGUCACCUGACACCUUCAAAGUCGCCAUGAACAAUUUAGCUAAGUGCUUCUCCAAUAUUUUCAUUGCUUCCAAACUGGAGACAGUGCAGUAUGCCCACAUUUCCAGACUCCAAGCUGACUUGAAUUGCUUGUCAGACCUUCUCAAGUCUUCAGUUCAAUGGAAAUAUGUUAUCAACCUGUGUGGGCAAGACUUUCCUUUGAAGUCAAACUUUGAAUUGGUGUCAGAGCUGAAGAAACUCAAUGGAGCAAAUAUGUUAGAGACGGUGAAACCCCCUCACAGUAAAAUGGAAAGAUUCACUUAUCACCAUGAACUCAGACAGGUGCCUUAUGAAUAUGUGAAGCUACCAGUGAGGACAAACAUCUCCAAAGAAGCCCCCCCUCACAACAUUGAGAUAUUUGUUGGCAGUGCUUAUUUUGUUUUAAGUCGAGCAUUUGUUAAAUAUGUUUUCAACAACUCCCUUGUAAAAGACUUUUUUGCCUGGUGUAAGGACACAUACUCACCUGAUGAGCAUUUCUGGGCUACCUUAAUUCGGGUACCAGGAAUCCCUGGGGAGAUUUCUCGAUCAGCCCAGGAUGUGUCUGAUCUGCAGAGUAAGACCCGCCUUGUCAAAUGGAAUUACCACGAAGGCCUUUACUAUCCCAGCUGCACUGGCUCUCACCGCCGAAGUGUGUGCAUCUAUGGAGCAGCAGAAUUAAGGUGGCUUAUCAAAGAUGGACAUUGGUUUGCGAAUAAAUUUGAUUCUAAGGUGGACCCUGUCUUAAUUAAAUGCUUGGCAAAAAAGCUUGAAGAACAACAGAGAGAGUGGAUCACUUUGUCUUCAGAAAAGUUGUUCAUGGAUAAAAAUCCCACAAUCUCAUGAUAAAAUCACGAUGGCAACAAAGAGUCUGAUAAAUGGAGUUACUACAGAAUUGUAUACUAUACCAAAUCCAGUACCAUCUGAGCUUACCUCCUCAUAGUUUGAAAGGUAGCUAAUGUGCUUUGCUCAAGGCAGAGUGACUUACCUUUGGUGACAAUUAGCCUGCAGUUGGUUGAGCACUGUUUGUUUCUGCCUGUAAUUUCACUGAACUUAAUCAGAGAUCUUAAGCAGUCAUCAGAUAUUUAUUGAGCUCCUACUGUACAUUGGGCAUUUUUUUUAGAAAUGUGCAGCAAUUAAAUCCAAGUUUUAGUGAGUUAUACAAUGCCCUCAAGGGACUGUGUCUUACCCUUGUCAUCCAGCAACCUUACUAUCUUAAGUUCCCCACAUAACAACCAGGAUCCUACUGAAGAAGUUUGGGAGUGUGUGGUGAUCACCCAUAUAAACCACCCAUUUCAGAAUAGCAUUUAAGUACAGUGAUCAAUACUCCACUUGUCUCUUAAUUCAACUCACUCAGCUCUUUCUAACCAUUAGAAUAUUAGAGGGAGAGACUUCACUACCUCAGAAGAGCUCAAAGAAUCGUCCGAUUUCCUGCUUGGAAAGCAUGCUUUACCAUUUGGCACCUCACUCCCCUGUGGGUGUGGCGUUCGUAGUGUCUGAAUGUUAGGGUGGUGGUUGGGGUCAGUAGGAAGAUUGAGACACGUGGUGCCUGAAAGGAACAGAGGGCUUUAUAUGACUUUGGCAUCAUGUUACACAGUGGUGUCAGGAUGACCUCCUUUUUAAUUCAGCUGUUUCUUCAAAGCACGUUUACUGAUUAAAAAUGAGAACUGAUUAAUGCUCAAAGUGUUAUAUUCCAGAACAGUGAACCUAAGUCUUCCAGCUCAUAGACUAUCGUUACACGUAAGUUUCUUUACAAUGGAAUUAGUAUACUUUUGUUUUAU